CCAUAGCUUUACAUCACUCCCAUCAUGCAUUUCGCCCUUGUAGUCUACCCCCAAUUUGAGGUGCUCGACGCCUUUGGCCCGACUGAAGCUCUCCAUUGCCUGGGUCAUCCUUUCGUCAAUCCCAACUCUCAGGACAUAACCUUCAGUGUCAUCGGUCCUCAUCUGAACCCAGUAUCUACAGGCCCUACUGAAGGAGAUCCAUCGCCGGUCAAGUCUCGUGUCGCUCAGACCAUAGUACUCACACACACUUUUGAUGCACCUCCAAAGGAUGUGGACGUCUUGAUCGUUCCGGGAGGCUUUGGCGCCGGGCCAAAAGUACUUCACGGUGGUGAUUGGGAGCCAGCCGGUGUAGAAAGGGUGGUGCAGUUCUUGCGUGAUCAAUAUCCGACGUUGAAGCAUCUUCUGACUGUUUGCAAUGGCGCUGGCCUCGCUGCCAGAGCUGGGAUCCUUGACGGCCAGAAGGCCACUACUAACAAGCAAUUAUGGCCCGCAAUCACUGCUCUGGGACCCAAGACGCAUUGGGUAGCUCGUGCUAGAUGGGUGGUCGCCGACAAUGGCAAACUUUGGACAUCUUCAGGUGUUUCUGCUGGUACGGAUGCUAUGUUGGCUUUGAUUGACCAUAUCUAUGGAAAGAACGACCAAGGCACGCUGUAUGGCGACGUAAUCAAGGAAGGCAUGGAGUGGAAUCGUGUUUACGAUAGUGAGGCGGACCCGUUCGCUGGAAGUAACAAUGUCACAGAUGUGCCUGCACAGGAAUGACAUGAUAAAAAUGAUGUAUGGUAGCCCUAAAUCCGAAGGAGUAGUAUCUAAAGCCUCAUUUUCUUGUUCUGCC